AUGUCAUCACAGAAGAUCAUUGGGAUCGAAGCAAAGAAUGGCAGCAUGAAGAAUACAAUGAGGAAUGAGAUGGAAAAACAGGGUUUACGGGCACCUGAAACUCCUACAGAACCUGAUCUUACGAGAGAACCCAUAAUAGAUGUUGGCUGCUAUUUACCUGAUGGAUUGAUUCACGAUGAAUUGGAAGGUGAUGACGUUAAACUUGAUACAUCAUCUCCUUCAAAGAAAAGAAAGAACAAUCAGGGAGAUGCAACUAAGAAGAAGAUAUAUCGUCCUAAAGUGAUAUCUCAAACAACCAAGAGAAUGUAUAAAUCUCCCUCCAAAAGCAGUAACACUCCAAAACCUUCAACUCCAAAACCGAAAAGGAGUUAUGUAAGAAAAGGUCCUUCAUGCCAACGAACGUUGUUCGCUGAAGAGGAAGUUUCUCUACCAUUUUUGAAAAAUUUCAAUGCCUUGAAAGUUGAACAAGGUGGAACUGAGAGUUCAAUCUUUAAGAAUGAAUCAGGCAUUGAGUAUAAUUCUCUGCAAAGUUAUCAUGGAAUGACAUCUUUGUCAUGUCUCUGUCUAGUACAGAGCAGAUUAAUUGGUCCAAAUUUUUCAAAAAUGUGUAAGAAGAAAAGAAUUGUUAGAAAAAAGCCUCGUUUAGAAAAGUUCUUGAUCCCUUUUGUGAAAGGGCAGAGAUCAAAAGGUUUCAUCAGGAAGAAAAGAUGUUGGAUAGCUUUCAAUUCAGAUGGCAACACUAUCAUCAAGAGAAAAAUGAGAUUAAUAAUCAACAAAAUUCGAUCUAUGAAGAAAAAGAGAGCUCGAAAAAAUACAAAGAAGCUGGUUGUCUACAAAGAAUCGGGAGAAUUAGUUGUUUAUAAAAGACCUUCCAUGACUAUUGAUGUUCCACUUGAUGAAGAGACGUUAAGAGUGUGGGACUUACUUAAGAAUGAAAAAGGACAUGAGGAGAAUGAUGAGAUGAAGCGAAGAUAUUGGGAUGAGAUAAGAAAAAGGUAUCGUGACACGGUUGAGUCAUUCAUAUCUUGUAUGCAUCUUAUCCAAGGUGAUAGGCGUUUCUUACCAUGGAAAGGUUCAGUUAUGGAUUCUGUGGUUGGAGCUUUUCUAACUCAAAAUGUGUCUGACCAUUUGUCAAGCUCUGCCUUCAUGUCACUUGCUGCAAAGUUCCCUAACAAAAGAACUAGCUCUGAAGAAAUAAGUGAGGAUCCGGAUACUCCUGAUACAGAAGAAUCGAUUACAAACAAUGUGGCCUUUUCUGACCCUAAAUUUGAUAAAGAAAAGGAAAAUAGCAAAGUUGAAGAAAUGGAAGCUCAAAAUGCCAAUGAUCAAUCUUCCAAAGUUGAUGAUAAGGGAAUUGAAAAUGAUUCUAAUAAGAAAAAGUCAACUGUUGCAAAGAAAAAUAAGAGUCAAGAGGAAAAAGAGAAGUUAUUGGAAAAGCAAAGACAUUGGGAUACACUAAGAAAAAUCCACACUAGAAGCACACGACAUAGUGAUCAUGUGAAUUCUGUUGAUUGGGAAGCAGUAAGAUGUGCACCAGCUAGUAAAUUUGCUAAAGCUAUUGCAUCUCGUGGCCAACACAACAUUAUUGCUGGAAGAAUACAGCGUUUACUCAAUGAGUUAAAGGAUUCAAAUGGAAGCGAGGAUUUAGAAUGGCUAAGAUAUGCUCCACCAAAGGAAGCAAAGGAAUAUCUAUUGAAUAUACAUGGACUGGGAUUGAAAAGUGUUGAAUGCAUACGGCUUUUAACACUUCAGCAUAUUGCUUUUCCAGUGGAUGUAAAUGUUGGAAGAAUUGUUGUACGUUUGGGGUGGGUUCCCCUCCAACCAUUACCUGAACCAAUUCAAAUACAUAAUUUAGAGGAGUUUCCAGAUUCCAACAAAAUUCAACAAUAUCUUUGGCCACGACUAUGCACUCUUGAUCAGCUUACAUUGUAUGAACUGCAUUAUCAGCUGAUAACUUUUGGAAAGGUGUUUUGCACAAAGAAAAACCCAAAUUGCAAUGCUUGUCCAAUGAGAAAUGAGUGCAAACAUUUUGCAAGUGCUUUUGCAAGUACAAAGCUUGCUUUACCUGAACCAACACCGGAUCAAAGACCAAGCGAUGAGAGUAUAGUAGUGACACCAAUGCAUCCUGAUAAUUCUUUCAAAUACUCUACUUUGCCAAGCAACUCUACACUACCGACAUUCAAUUCUGAGGUGAACAAAUCCUUAAUCACAGAAGAGGGUAAAGAAUGUGAGCCUAUCAUUGAGAUGCCAGCAUCACCAGAACCUGAAAGCAUGGAAUCUGUUGAAUUUGAUGUAAACAAUGAUCAAGAGUUUUACAAGGAAGUUGUUUGUGAGGACAUUGAGGACAUUGGGGACAUUCUAACAUUCAAGCUCAAUAAACUCGAAUCCUUGUCAAAAACAUAUUCUGAGGAGUCUGAGAAUGACAUGAACACAUCAACAGCUUUAGUUGCAUUCCAUGCAGAUGCUGCAAACAUUCCUGUACCAAAAAUGAAAAAUGUUAGUCGCUUGAAGACUGAGCGCCUAGUUUAUGUGCUUCCGGAUAAGCAUCCACUCCUAGCUGAGCGUACUCCACGAGAACCUGAUGAUCCUUCCCCCUAUCUCCUGCUUAUAUGGACAGCAGGAGAAUUAAGAUCAAAUGAAUCAACCAAUAACAACUCGCAAGAGGAAGUCAACACUCAAACAGGAGAAUUAGGAAGAUCAUGUGAAUCAACCAACAACAGCUACCAAGAGCAAGAUAACAGUCAAACAGUGGCUGGAAGUCUUUUGAUACCAUGUCGAACAGCAAUGGAAGGGCGUUUUCCACUAAACGGAACAUACUUUCAAGUUAACGAGGUGUUUGCUGAUUACGAUUCAAUGAUUCAGCCAAUCAAUGUUCCUAGAAAAUGGUUGUGGAAUCUAGAGAAAAGGAUAGUAUAUUUUGGAGCUGCGACAUCAUCGAUAAUGAAAGGUUUGUCACUGAAGCAAAUUCACGAUUGUUUCUGGAAAGGUUUUGUUUGCGUGAGAGCAAUUGAUCACACAAGAACUCCCCGCCAAUUAUUAGAUUCAGUGCAUCGCAAUACAACCGCCAAGUAUGGAAAGGGAAAAAAAGAUACAUUGUCGUGGAAGAGGUCGAGGUUGACACCAUGGAGGUCGUCUGCUCCUAGCUCUUCCCAUGCAACGUAUGCCUUCACAACCCUGGUCGAAGGUGACUCCAAUGGUACUGCCUUCUUAGCUGAUUUCACUCCUGAGGUGCUUCAACACUUGCAGACCCUGGUUGAUUGCUCUAAACCACCACCUGACAAGUUGUCUGGUAAGGCAUCUACUCCUAUUUCUUGGCUUAUUGAUAGUGACUCAUCUCAAGACAUGACUGAAAACCUUGCUUUUUUUACUAAUGUUCAUGAUAUAUCCCCUUGCAUUGUUGGCUUGCCAAAGGUGUUCGCACUCAUGCUGUUAAGAAUGGAAUGGUUCUUUUGA